AUGUUGAUUAAAGCUAAUCUGUUGGCCUUGUCACAGGCUUUGCUUGCACUAGAAGCAUUAUCUUCUCCGGCGACCACCGAGUCUGCACCCAUCAUCGACUUAGGUUAUGCUCGGUACCAGGGGUCGGUAGAUACAGCGACAAACAUCACCAGCUUUCUCGGAAUACGGUACGCGGCUCCUCCAGUCGGCGACUUCAGAUGGGCAGCUCCGCAGCCUCCAUCGACCAUCGCUGGGGUUCAACAAGCUACCACCCAACCAAAUAACUGUUAUCAAGCGCCCAUCGGCAAUUCUUCGACAAAUCCUUAUGAAAACACCUCUACGAGGAAAAGGGCUGUCAGUCAGUCGGAAGACUGUUUAUUCUUGAAUGUAUACACUCCCGGAAGCGAAGUGGUGGCCACACCAUCGGGAGGGCUCCCAGUUGUCGUAUGGAUUCACGGAGGAGGGUAUAUUUCAGGAGCUGCGAGUUUAUACAAUGGCGCAGAUCUAACUAUGGAAUCGAAUUAUGGUGUCAUUACUGUCUUAGUGCAGUACCGCCUCGGUUUAUUCGGUUUCCUACCUGGGAAAGCGGUCAAAGAAGGGGGUGCACUCAAUGCUGGACUACUCGACCAAAAUUAUGCUUUACAGUGGGUUCAGGCCUACAUAAGUAGUUUCGGUGGGGACCCAACGAAGGUAACGAUUUGGGGACAGUCUGCUGGUGCCGGUUCCGUGCUACAGCAUCUUGUUGCUCAUGGAGGAAACACGCAGCCUCCCCUCUUCAGAGCUGCCAUGACGAGUUCUGCGUUCUUGCCAAUGGUGUACAGUGAGGUCGUCGAUGGAACAAACUGUACCUCAAGUUCGGAUACCCUCUAUUGUUUGCGCGCUGCAGACGUCAAUACGUUGCAAACUUUGAACUAUAACAUCAACCCCGACAGCUUCCCUGGCACGGUCGUGUUCCCCCCUGUCGUAGAUGGCACUUUCAUCGUGGAGAGACCUACGGUGACGAUUAGCAAGGGUCGCUUGAAUGGCAACUACCUUCUUGCCGUAACCAAUUCUCAUGAGGGGAACCUCUUCGUGAACCAAUCGAUGACAUUGGAUAUCGCAGAUUAUGUCAAAAUGAUUUUCCCGAACUUCGGUUAUGCUCAGGCUGCAGGAGCAGCGAUGAUGUACCAGAAUCAGGGAAGCAACGUCGACCAGGCAAAUCUCGUGAUUAGUGAAUCGAUAUUCGUUUGCCCUACUUAUUAUCUUCUCAAAGCAUUUGGAAAGCAAGCUUGGAAGGGCGAAUUUUCAAUUCCACCUGGCCUGCACGGAACUGAUGUCGCAUAUUACUUCACUUCGGGUAGUCCUCCAUACAACAAUUCCCAGUUCAUCACUGCUUUCUCGAACUCAUUCAUGGCUAUGGUCAUGGACAAGACUCCUGACGACAGAUACACGCCAGGAGAUAUCACACCUUCCUGGAAUUCUUGGCAACAUGGCUUCGCAGAGAUGAUGUUCAACGAGACAUCCGCGGGAGCACCCGACGUUUACACUUUCAAGACUGACAGGGCCUUGCUUGAGCGUUGCGCCUACUGGCAAAAUGUGUCCGCGUAUUCGGCACAGUGA